AAACCAUUUUUCUCUUUGCAUUCAUAUCGCCCCGUAUCAAAACCUUGCUCGAAUUAAAGUUAUGCAGUCCCUGAAUCGACACUUUUCAUCAAUUCUUACGUAUUAUUCAUUAUUACAUAUUACUUCAGGUGUGUUGGUAAAAAAACGUCCUAAAAUUGGACUAGGUAAAUAGGAUCAUGAGUGCCAUGCAAAUAAUAAGACGACCUCGGUGGUUUCUUUGAUUCAAUAAUUGUGGAUAUAAUAGAUACAUAAGUGAACUGUGAAUUGAAACAAUUAAAUUAUGUGCAGUUUAUUAACCACUCAUAAAUACAUGCAUACGCCUCAGUCAACAAACUCAAGUGACAUCGACCGAAUAAUGCAAUUAAUUAAUCAGGUGCACGUAACGCAACCUUGUCCAUGAAAUUGUGCUUAAAAGGAACUCGCAGACUAGAUACGUAAGAAUUGAAAGCCGAAUAAUUACGCAUGAACAAGUCAUCGUCUGUCAAACUAAUUUGUCAGUCUUGGUUCGCAAUUCAUUUCCAAACAUAUACAACUAUGAAAUCAUAUCACAAAUUCAAAAUGAUGACCAUAAGUCAGACAUCAAUUUUACUAGUUUUACUCCCUUUUCUCAAAUUCCAAACAACAACCGAGGCAUUUUUUAUAACACCCUACUCCACGAAUCCGGCCGAUAUUGAGUUUCUGCUGUACACUAAAAACACUGAUGGAACCCAAAAAAUAGAAGAACUCAUCUUAGGGAAUAUUCUCUCCCUUACAGAAUCCUCGUACCGUUCUGAUCUCCCCGUGGUGGUCAUGAUUCACGGAUUUUAUGGCCACAGGAAUAAACAUUUUCCUAAAUUAGUAAAGGAUGCAUAUUUGGACACGACACCAUGCGCAAAAAAUUAUAUCGUCGUCGACUGGAGUCGGCUAAGUCGUCCUGGACAUACCGAUCUUAUCGAGCCGCUCGUCUACCCCGUUGUGUAUCCGGCCAUCGUUGUCCGAAAUGUGCCCACUGUGUCCAAAGGAAUUUCUGAAUUUCUACAAUUCUUAGUCGAUUCUGGGCAAACGGAAUGGAGUCAAGUGCACAUCGUUGGGCACAGUUUAGGGGCGCAUAUUUCUGGUUAUGUGGGGGAUAUUGUGCAAGAUAACAACGAUGGGGAGAAGGUUGGACGGAUAACUGGACUGGAUCCGGCAGGACCAUUUUUUGAUCCAACAAACAGAUAUCCCGUAAUGCAGAGAAAUUUAAGAAAGACAGACGCCGCUUGGGUGGAUGUGUACCAUACUUCGAUGGGAAUGAAGGGGGAUUCCAUGGUGGAUGGGCAUGUAGAUUUUUAUCCGAAUGGUGGGCGUGCCCAACCAGGUUGUCCUCAGGAUGAACCUUUAGCACCUGUGAAUCCAUUCGACCCAUUCAGCAAGGGGUCCUGUUCACACGAAUUUGUGGUCGACAUUUAUGCCGCUACGAUACGAAAGAAUAUCGAAUCGUGCAAGUGCGAUCCAAAUAAACUGAGCGGAAAUGAGCUGGAGAAAUGUGCUCAGCAAUGUCCGGAACCUAUCCUGGCUGGGGACAAAUGUCAUAAAACAGCACAGGGACUUUAUUACUUUGUCACGGAGAAGAAUCCAUAGUCCGAGGCAUAAGUAACUUAUGCCUCGUGGAUCUUACCAAAAGGACUAAUUUAUCCCAUGAUCAAACUUAGCAUGCAAUACGCUUUGGUUUAAAAUAUUGUUGUUAAUUCAUUAUUUGUACAUAACCGACUUGUGACAUAUUAGAUAAAUAAAAGUAACGAAUGAUUUAUGUUA